AUGGUCAAGGGUUCAAAGAGCGGAAACCGAGCGACUGCUGCUUUUCAGGGUGAGAACCCCCCUGUCUUUGAUUUACUGAUUUUAGGAGUGGGGCCAGAUGGUCACACUUGCUCCCUUUUUCCAGAUCAUCCCCUUCUACAGGAGAAAGAGAAAAUUGUUGCUGCUAUCACUGAUUCUCCAAAGCCACCGCCAGAGCGGAUAACAUUAACUCUACCUGUGCUUAAUGCAGCACGGACUGUUGUGUUCGUCGCUACAGGGGAAGGUAAAGCUGCUAUUUUAAAGCGCAUUUUGGAAGGUGAUGAGGAAAAGCCCCUUCCCGCUGCUCUUGUUCAACCUCAUACUGGGAAGCUGCACUGGUUCCUGGAUGAGUCUGCAGCCAAGGAACUGACUGUUCCCUUUGAGAAACAUUCAAUCUUGUAGAACCAAAUGUCCAACUAGAUUUCCUAGGAGGAAUCUGGUAGCAGUAAACGCAGUACCUGUGCAGAACCAGCUGUGUAACAUUCCAGAUCAAGGACUCUACGUUUGGUUGUAAUACUUGGGGGUGGCACAAAACUAACUUUUUUUCUUUUUCGGGAACAAGUGGUACUUUGUGGAGCACUGUGUAAUCAUCUCUUUGGCUUGGUAUGGGACAUAUGCAUCUGGUUUCUAGUUGCAAAUGGAAACGCUUGGAAUUGCACAAGAUGAUGGUAUAAUGCAGUCUGUGUUGUGAACGGUCGCUGUGAUGUCAAGUGAAUGCACAAUAUUAAAGAUACAAAUUUAAGCUA